CACCGUGUCUUACAAGAUGUGCUCUCUUACUUUCCAGUAUUUGACACUUUCACUGUUUCACAGCGGAACAGCAAAAGUGAUGGUGAAAUAAGAGACAUAAAAAUAUGCAACUCCUGGUUCUUAGAUUCUGAUCUCUAUUAACCCAGAAAUCAAAUUAUCAAAUUAAAGAGAUUUACGGGCUUAGGAUAAGAUAAAGAAUUUGGUUUCUUUCGGUAACCUUAGAAGUAUGCCCCCAGCUGAGAAUCCAAAGAGAAGGAUAGCAUUUGUGCUGAUUGAUGGAGUAGGUGAUGUGUCUAUUCCUAGAUUCGGGUAUAAGACCCCGCUACAAGUGGCUAAAGUACCCAAUUUGGAUGCUAUUGCUUCAGCGGGAGUUAAUGGGCUCAUGGACCCUGUUGAAGCGGGUUUGGGUUGCGGUAGUGACACUGCCCAUCUUUCUUUACUGGGAUAUGACCCAAGGGUGUAUUACCGAGGACGAGGUGCAUUCGAAUCAAUGGGGGCUGGAUUGGCCAUGUCACCGGGAGAUAUCGCAUUCAAGUCGAACUUCGCAACUUUGGAUGAGAAAACUGGUGUAGUAACAAGUAGAAGGGCUGAUCGUCAUUUUGAAGAAGAGGGGCCUAUUCUAUGUGCUUCUUUGGAUGGGAUGAAAUUGCCAUCGUUUCCCGAAUAUGAAGUUAGAGUCAGGUAUGCCACAGAGCAUAGAUGUGGAGUGGUUGUGAAGGGUCCUAACUUAAGCGGGAAUAUUUCUGGAACCGACCCUUUGAAGGAUAACCGCUUACUUCUACAAGCUGAACCCUUAGACGACACUGAUGAAGCAAAACACACAGCUGCUGUUGUGAAUGAAUUAUCGAAGGAAAUAUCACGUAUACUCGUAUCCCACCCUGUUAAUGCAAAGAGAGUAGUACAGGGAAAGAAUAUUGCAAAUGUUGUCCUCUUACGAGGUUGCGGAAUUCGAAUUGAGGUACCACCAUUUGAAAAGCAGCAUAACCUUCGACCAUGUAUGGUUGCUCCUACUAAGAUCAUUGCUGGUCUAGGGUUGUCUCUCGGCAUUGAUAUCCUUGAAGCUCCUGGAGCAACAGGAGACUAUCGUACCCUGUUAACUUCCAAAGCAUCUGCAAUAGCCAAGGCCCUUUCAGCUCCUUUAAACCCAUGCCCAAAUGUUUUUGUCCCAGGGGAGGAUGAGCACAAGCCUGGUCAUUCCGACGGAUAUGAUUUUGGUUUUCUUCAUAUUAAGGCUAUUGAUGAUGCGGGCCAUGAUAAAGCGAGCGUUUUUAAAGUCAAAGGAUUAGAAGCAGUUGAUAGAGCAAUUGGGCAGCUAGCUAAGCUCCUUUGGGAAGCGGAGUCAACAGGCAAGUUCGAGUACUUUUUAUGUGUGACAGGAGACCACUCUACGCCGGUUGAAUAUGGGGACCACAGCUUCGAACCUGUUCCGUUUGCACUAUGUCGACUACGAGAUUUUGUGGGUGCAAUAGGCAGUGAGUCAAUCCUCGGAGAAAUUUCCCUUGAACCUUUUCCGCUUCCAACUGUUAAAGCGGGGGAAGAUCUCCCGGAAGACUGUGUAUCUGAUGAUAACACGAUAAGAGCCUCAAUGCAGGCUUAUUCUGGUGAUUCUGUUUUCGAGCUAAGUGAGAUCGCAGCAUCACGCGGUUGUCUUGGCCGUUUUCCAGGAAGUGAAAUGAUGGGAAUCAUUAAUGCCUUUCUCAAACUCAAAUUUUAAGCUUCUUCCACCGGAAUUAGAGGUAAUCGACUAAUUAACAAUAACUUGUCGGAUUAAUUUCGAGGGGUUUGAUUUUACCUUUUCUGUAUUGUAACUUUCGAUGUCUCAAAAUACGUGAGUGAGAUUGUGUCACACAGGACUUGUUACGGAAAUUCCCAGAUAUUUGGAGGGGUUCGAUUUUACCCUUUCUAAUAAUCUUUUUUUGGUCGUAUUCCUCUUGUAUAAAACUUCAUUAUGUUAUUGAUGUUUACCACA